AUGCAAAUCAAGCGCCUCGUGAUGCUUGCGCUCAAUAUCCCCCUCGUCCUUCCCCUGAUAGGCGUGAUCAUUGCGGAGGCCUUGAUUGACCGUCAAGCCCCAGAGCCAGACGCCGAAAGGUCGCCAAGUCCCGACCUCGAUCCCAAACGACCGUCUGAUGGAGCGUCCAAAGAGCCAAUCGUGGCCACGCCUCCCAAGACCGGCGAGUCGCUCGCUCACGACAUGCCUGUCACGGAUAACCUAGAGAAGAUCAGUCCUGCGGAUUAA